UUCAUUUCUAAUUUUUCUUUCUUGAAUGAACUGCAAACAAAUACUAUAUUAAUUUAAACUACUCGCGAAGUAAUGACUGAGUUGACGGAGCCAUCACAAAAAUGUUACCUACCUACCCGCUUUGUGCUUUCUUUUUUGGUCUUCUGGGCCACGGUUUUAUUGUACGCUCAUAAAGUUUGUUUAAGUGUGACAAUUGUAGCGAUGGUCAAUCAAUCUGCAUUUGAACAACCGAACAAAACAUUCGAGUCAGAUAAUACGUGUGGAGUAUCCGACGAUGACAAUAGUACUCCCCCAGAGAAACAGGGCAACUAUAUGUGGAGUCCAUAUACUCAAGGUGUUAUUUUAGGAGCCUACUUCUAUGGAUACAUUUUCACGCAAGUAUUUGGAGGCAGACUCUCUGAAAUGGCCGGUGGCAAAUGGCCACUUGGACUCUCUAUUUUAAUUGCAUCUCUACUCACGUUGGUCACUCCAUUUGCAGCAGAUGUAGGAGUCCUUGCAAUUGUAAUCCUCCGGGUGGUAAUGGGACUCGUACAUGUGAGUAUUGUUAGGCAACCUUACGGCAGUCUGGGCUGUAUUUGGUUCCUAUUUUGGGCUUGUCUGGCUUACAGCUCACCGUCUGAUCACCCGCGAAUCUCAAAAGAAGAGCUGGAAUAUAUUAGAAAAAACCAUGUCCAUAUGACGGCAGAUCAAAAAUUGCCCAUACCUUGGAAACAUGUUCUACGCAGCCUACCAGUUUGGACUGUCGCAUUUUCUAUUUUUACAUCAGCUUGGGGCUUCCUGACAUUGUUAACCAAACUUCCAACUUAUUUGCAAGUGGUGCUACACAUACCAAUUGAAAACAAUGGUCUGAUAAACUCAAUGAUUUACCUAUGCUCCAGCAUUACACUAUUCCUCACUGGAUAUGCAUCAGAUUAUUUGCGAACGAAGAAGCGUUUUUCCGCAACAAAUGUCAGAAAAGGUUUUCAACUAUUUGCAAUGAUAGGACCAGCAGUGUGUAUGUCUUUGAUAACCCUAAUGGGUUGCAAUCAUGUUUUAGUUAUCUUCCUCUUGAUUGCAGCCAUGAGUUUUCAAGGUUUUGGUGGAGGAGGUAUCAAUUCGAUCACAGCUGACAUGGCUCCUCAUCAUGCUGCGACACUUUUUGGAAUAGUGAACAGCAUUGGUAGCAUAUCUGGUAUAUUUGCACCAAUGGUUGCUGGAGUUCUUCUGGAACAAAAAAACUCCAGUAUACAACAGUGGGGAUCAGUUUUUUACAUAUCAGCAGGUCUCAACGUUGCGGGUGGAAUAGCUUUCCUCUUAUUUGCAUCAGCUGAACGACAACCAUGGGCUAAAGUGCCUGAAAUUGAUAAAACAGUGGAUUCUAAACACAUACAACAAUCGAGCAGCAAACAAGAUAUUGAUAACAGCACAAAAUAUGGCGCCAUGUCUUGAAGAAUCUCAUCUCCGAUGUUCAUCAUUUUUAUUUAUUUUUUACUUUAUGUUUUUAUUAUUAACUGGACUGGAUCACUUUCCUUUAAAAAAAAUCAGCUCUGAGCUUGCGCAUCAAUUUAGCUAAUGCAUGAUUUCUGUCUUGGAACAUAAUAUGCUGCAAUGCGAAGUGAAGAGAUUGAAGACACGUCAUACCAUACUCAUAUAGGAAGAACAUGUUGUGCAGUAUAUUCUUCCACAAAGUGUUUAGAGCCAUGCUAUGAUCGUCUACGAGCGUUUCAACGGAAAAAAAUAAUGUUUCUCUACAUUCUAAUGCAAUUUUUUUUUCUAUCUCACUAAUCUGCUCUCAACAUGUCUCCUUCCAUCAGACUCUUCAAUUGAAUAUAAAAAAAAUUAUAUAAUAAUCAUUGUUCCGUUAUUAUUUGCAUCAGAUUACAAAGAAUUCAGAAAUUGUCCUGUUUGCUAAACUUAACUCUUAAGUCAUUAUAUUUCUGAGCAAUAUGAUACAACGUGAUCUGCAUAACAGCAAGUCAUGAAGAAUCUCUUCUCUAAUGUUCAUUUCCAUGUUUUAAUUCGUUCAGGUUUUAUGCCUCAUUUUUUAACUGGCCUAAGCCAUUGGUUUCAUAAGAGAACAAUCUUAUAUAAUUUUUACACUCGAAUUUAUAGCCGCUUUUCAUAGACUACCCAACGCUGCUGGAGCUAUUACCAUGCUAACCAUGGACCAUGGAUUGGGAACCACUGUUCUAGUACACUAAUAAUGUUUCUGUGUGAAAUUCGAUAAUAGCCUUAAAUAUAGAUCCAGUACCUUAUAAUUAUAACCAGUCCAUAACAUUUCGG